ACGCCAGCAAAUUUGCCUGGGUCACGGUCACUCUCGUUGGUCGCCAGAUGAAUAUUAAUAGCAUUGCAGAUGUACUUUCAUAAGUGCUUCCCUUUCGUACGAUCCGCAACAAAAAUGUUCUCUGAGAAAGUAUGCGGACUGGACUCUCCCAAUUGUGAGGCUGUGAUUUCUGUUACUGUUGCGACAAUUCGAAAAAGGGAACUUAUUUAAUAUACACGCCGUACAUAGUAAAUAAUUGCAUAAGCGGUUUUUGAAAAACAAUUUGCCAUUUUAGAAUCAGUUCGUAAUCGCUGGAGCAAGCGUUUCGUUCUAACAAUUAAUCAUAUGUUUUUGAAGAGAAAUUACUAUUUAAAAUGUUGGAAUUAGUUCGCGAUGAUUGGACGCUGCUGAGAGAUUUGUAUCGAAACGAUCGUACAAGUCUGACGGGCUAUGAUUUAAUUAAUAACUAUAUUUACUGGCCGGAUCAGGCAGAAUAUGUGAAAAUUUAUACAACAAACGACAAUUGGCUGGAGCACGGAAGUUUUGUGCUAAUUCACAAUUCGAAUGACAAGGCAGACGUUUUCUUCAAUACGCUAAAUGGAUCUUUGUUGGAACUGCAAGCGCUGCUCAGUUCCUUGAAAUUAAACAGCAGACAUUGGUUUUGCGGCUAUAGACAUCUUUUGAGAAAUAUUGUGGACAAAUAUUGUGUGGAAAGGUGUUUGAAGCUAAAGAAGCUGGAGCAUUUAGAAACAUUUGUCUAUUAUUUGCCACAAUCGGCGAUUCAACCAUUUGAUUGCCGCUUAAUUGCAGAUAUCAGUUUCGGUCCCCUGGACAUCAAACAUGCAUCUCAAGUGGAUGAGCACUGGCCCCACCGUUCAGACGAUUCCCUAGCAUUGAUAAGCGAUCGCAUUAGAAAUUAUAUCAGCGUGGGCGCAUUCGAUAGGGACGGCCAGUUGUUGGCUUGGUGCUUGAGAUCCUCGCAAGGCGGCCUUAGCAAUUUGCAUGUCCUGCCCCCUUACAGACGUCUUGGACUGGCCUCGUUGAUGGUGCGUUUUAUGGCUCAAGAAAUUGCAGCAACAGGCGCUGAGGUUUUGGCCACAAUUGCGUUUGGCAAUAGGAUAUCGCAAAUAUUUUUCGAAAAGCUGGGAUUCAAGCUCAUUGACAACAUAUAUUUUACCACGGUGCCGGCUUAUUGAUCGAAAGUUAUGCAACUCAAAACCAAUUAGUUUUUAAAUAUGCAUUUAAGCGAGACAUUUAUAUAACACCAAGAAUAGCUCUGGGCUGGCGGGCACAGAAUAAUUUCAGAGCACUUGGUAGCUUAAUAAAUCUUAUUGUGAUCAGCAAA